AUGUUUGAAGCCAUCAGUCCAAAGAAACAAGAGCAGUUUGGAGAAGGACCUACCGGAUCAGGGCUGGAUCCAAUGACCAUAGACCCGGAGCAUGGAGCGAGCCGCGCGGACCCGGUGAGGGGGCUGCACUAUGGACUUCAUGACAGCCAGGAUCUGGGAGCACAGGGCGCAUGGAUCUGGGAGCACAGGGCGCAUGGAUAUAUGCUGGAGCGCUGGGAUUGGAUUAGACCCACUACCUCCAUUCGACUGCUGGCUCUGCUGCUGAUGGUGUUAGAGUUGUUGGCUCUACCUUCUCCCCUGAGGCCCAUCUGUGACCUCAGAGUCCUCAACCGCAUCAUCAAAGAGGCCCGUGACGCUGAGGCCGCCAUGAGAGUGUGUCCUGAUGGAUGUGUUCUGUCUGCGUCUGUUACUGUCCCACAGACCAAUGUGGACCACGACCUCUGGGCCACAAAACAGCCCCUGGAGCAGGCCCUGGAGGUGCAGUCUGGGCUGUGGUUGCUGCAACAGGCCUUGGACAUUCUGCGCUCGUCUGUGACCAACACUCAGCUGCAAAGUCACAUCGACUCCUCUGUAGGAAACUUACUCAGUCUCAACGCCGUGCUGAGGAGUCUCAACCUACAGGAGUACAGUCCACCACUGAACGCCACGGUGCUGGAGGGGACCUGGACCGUCUCCACUUCCUCAGAACUGCUCCAAGUCCAGUCCAACUUUUUGCGCGGGAAAGUGAACCUGCUGCUGCGCGAUGCCCAGGCCUGCAAGACACAUGCUGUCAGCUGA